ACAAAAUCUUAUUACACUUUAUGCACACAUAUUAUUCCGUAUCAAACAUGAAAAGUGGAACUGCUUUAAUUUAUUUUCUCGGUGAAAUUUCAUUGAUUGGGAAAAUAGCAGAGGCUUAUGAAAAUCUUGCUUUACGGAAACCAACAUGGCAGCAGUAUCCUUAUAUGUAUAACGACUGGCCCACUUAUUUAGAUUUACUACUAUAUAAUUAUCCGGCGGAUAAAGCCGUGGAUGGAUUGUUUUCAGACCGGUCUAAUUCUGGUGGACAAUGUACAAUAUCUGGUAAUCAAAAAAGAACUGCAACCUGGCGGGUGGAUCUAGGAAAAGUUCUUAACAUACAUCAUAUAACUAUCUAUUACAGGACGGACAACCUUCCAUGGGGCCCUGACAAUGGAUACACAAGCCGAUUCCUUGGAUUUUCGCUUUUUAUAUCGAACACCACCAACAAAGAUGACGGUUAUCUAUGUUUUAAAGACACACACUACACUAGAGAAACGAUACCGAGUAAUAUUACAAUAGAAUGUAUAAAGCAUGGACGGUACGUCAUCUAUUACAAUGAGAGACUCCCAGGAGUUACCUACCCUGAAGGAUAUUCUACAUACGCAUUCAAUGAACUCUGUGAAGUCCAGGUCUAUGGAUGCCCUUCCUUUGUUAUUUACGGAGAAAAUUGCACAUUCCCGUGUCCACAGACUUGUCGUGAAGGAAGCUGUAACAUUGUAGACGGAACUUGUUUUGGAUGUAUUGCCGGGCACAGAGGCUCACGAUGUGAAAAAUUUUGUGACGGAGGUAAAUUCGGACAAAACUGUGCUCACUCAUGCGGGUCUUGUCUUGAUAAAGAACAAUGUCAUCACAUUAAUGGGUCAUGCUUGAAUGGAUGCGAUAGAGGUUACUAUGGAGACAGAUGUACACAAGUAUGUUCUGAUGGGUGGUACGGAUACAACUACCUAGACAUGUGUGACGUCAAUUGUGGAGAGCGGACAAGAUGUGACAGGAAAACAGGACAAUGUCAAAAUGGGUGUCAGCCAGGGUGGAAGGAUAUAGAAUGUGACAAGAAAUGCGACGGAGGUAAAUUUGGAUUAAACUGUGCUCAGUCAUGCGGGGUCUGUCUUGAUAAUAAACAAUGUCAUCACAUUAAUGGGACAUGCUUGAAUGGUUGUGAUAAAGGUUACCAUGGAGACACUUGUACACAAGAAUGCCCGGAUGGACGCUUUGGAUACAAUUGUGAGGGAAAUUGUAGCAGCUGCCCAUUUAUUGAAACAUGUGACGCAAUAUCCGGUCAAUGCAAUGUCAUAAGAGGAUCUCCAGAUUAUAUUACAUGGAUACAAUCCAAAACCUUUCUGUUUGGAGUGACAACGUCUUUUUCCAUAAGUGUAGGCUUAAACCUCGCUUUAAUACUUUGGAGAUGUAGUAGAAAUGGUUGCAAAAGAAAGAAGAACCAAGAAAACUUUAGAAUACAAUUGUCAACGAAACCUAUAACUGCUGAUCCAAAGAUCAUUGAUGAUGCUGGAGAUAGUGAAGUUUACGAAGAACUAGAUCGAAAUUCAAUUUAUGACGAUGCUCUUUAGCGUGAAGUGAUAGUAUAUGAGUUUGCACAUGGACCUAAUUAACAUGAAGUGUUAUGUGCUUACAUUUGAAUUUAUUGUGAGUUUUCUUUAAUAAAUAUAAAAGAAAAUAUCAAUCAACUUAUUUCUACCGUUUAAAGGUUUGAAUCUCAAUUUGACUUGUGUUUUCCAAGAAACACAACUUAAAUAUUUUAAGAUUUUUUUUUCGGUAUUUAAGUUCAGAAUUGUGGAACCAUUUACCUUUAAAUAUAAGGAUGUCUCCAAUACUUCAACAUUUAGAAUUUAAGACAAAAAAUUAUAUGAGACCAACAAUAUUGUAUGACUGUAACAUUCAAUUAGCAUUUGAUGUGUUGUUCAUGAACAUGUAUAAUGUUGUUAUAUUACUGUAGAAUAUAUUGAAUUCAUCGUGUAUAAUUAUAAUUAAUAUAAAUGUCUCAAGAAAGAAUAGUACCCAUACACUAGAUUUCAAUGAAAUUUUCAAGAAUGAAGGUCUUAAAAUUAAUUUUUUUUUCCUUUUUUGGAAAAUUUCUUUCCAGCACCGCAAGAUGGACAAUUUCCUGAGUAAAAAAAAUAAAAUUUUGACGCGAAUUCUAUGAGAGAACAGCUAAACAUUUGAAUUGGUGACUUCUUAGAAUUAAUAAAACUAGACUUCUAACUGUGUGCAGGCUCCUUCUCGAGCGACGUUAGUACUAUAGACGCUACGAGUAAGAAAAUUAAAAAUAAUUGAUUUCUUUUCAACUUUUGUGCCUACUAAUAUUUUUCUUCGAUAUAUAUUUACAGAGCUUAUAGAAACUGAUCUUCUAAAGAAAACUUAAUUUAUAUAUUUUUCUUUGAAAAUUUGAUCAAUCGAAAAUCUAGAUAUUCACAUUUCUAAAUUUGAAGCGGUGAUGUUGGUGGUGAUGAUGAAAUAUGCGUGUGUGGUGGUGGUGGUGUUGGGGGGGGAGGGGGGCAGUCGAGCAAUUUGUUAAAUUUAGCUGAUCAAUAUAAUGUGAAGGCAAUAUUGGAUUGGCAAGCAGACAACCCAGGUUAAAUCCAAUUGCAGUCCUUUUAUGAAUGAAUAACAAAUAAUGGGGAAAGUCGACUUUGGGGUAAAUAGGAAAAUAUGAUAUGUAGCUUUAGUUUUAUUUGCCCACAUACCAUUUGUUAUAUCUUCAAUAUGAUGAAUAUACUUUCCAUUGCUCUAAAUUCUGGCUAGAAGAACCUUUUUUUUUAAAUUUCAUUGAAACUAUCACGCAUGUUUAAUAGAACCUUAAAUUCUGCAAAAAAGACGCAACAUUUUAAUUGUGAUGUUUGUUGCGAAAAAGGAUUAGCUUUUAAAAAAUAGAGUCAGCCACUGGAAUACUGGAUGAUUCUUUCUUCCUCAGUGAAAUUACAUAUAUAUGAUUUGUUUUUCCAUCAUGCUCUGUUCAUUAAAGUUCAUUGUAGUGUACGUUAAAUUUUCCUUAUUGUUUUCUUUUAAUUUGUACCUUUAUCCUGCACAUAUAUAUAAUAAAACAUAGGAUAUUUUAUUUGUUAGACUGCCUCAAAAUCAUCCAUUUGUUGUACAUUUGAAAAAUACGUUCCUAAAAAAAAUCUUUACGAAAGAAUGUCUAACAUUUAUUAUUAUGUUUAAGUAAGGCUCAUACGAACCUGAAGCACAUUUACAGCUCUGUUCUGCAGCAAAUCAAAAAAAUAAAGCGUGUGUUAAGAGAGCAUUUAUUACAAAUGUCAAAAUAAUUAAAAGAUUUACAAUUUCAGAAUACAGCUGAAGGUGGAACUAAAAAAUUUUCAAUAAGAGGGACAAUAAACUUAAGGAGAAGGUUGCUCUCGCCCCACUCACAAAUGUACUUCAGUUUCGUAGUGUAUACACGUGAUAAUGAUAUAACAAUAUGCUUACAAUACUGAUUAAUAUAGGGAUCAAGGAUGGCAUCUGCAUGUCACAUCUUGCACUGUUUUGACUUGCAUAUCACAUCCUGUGGCCCAUUUGUUUUUGAUAUGCUAUCUUUUUGCUAAUUUUUUGUGAUGUUUUGUUAGUCUUGUUUUAUAUGUACUCUUUCUAGUCGUUUUUCGGGGGAUCGUACAUUAUUAUAUUUUAAUAUAAGUAACUAACAACUAGAGCUUGUGAUUCUGACCCCCUUUUUGUAUGUUCAAUUGUUUUUAAUUAUAACGUUAGUUAAAUAAACGACAAAGUUCAUCUCUAUAAAUGUGUUUUAUCUGAUUUGUUUAAAUUUAGCAAAAACAAGCUG